GUUAGGCGGUGUGGCGAGUGCGGUCCGACUGUGGUUGUGUUGCAGGUCUGCUUGUGUUCACAACGACACGCUCCAGGCGCCUUUUCUCGCCCUUACGGUCGUGGAGCGAUGGGAAUUUGGGAGAAAUGGCAGUGAAACACAUCGGCCGAGCACUGCUGUCCCUGCUGGGGCUGCUGGCUGUCGCUAAUGCCCUGCGUUGUAACUGCACAACCUGCGAGAAGACGGGCUACGAGUGCGAGACGGAUGGCGCCUGCAUGGCCUCCACGUACACCAUCCAGGGGAAGGAGCAGCAUGUUCGCAUCUGCAUCAACCGGGACAACCUGGUUCCGCCCGGACAACCUUUCUACUGUCUGAGCGCCGAGGGUCUCCUCAACACUCACUGCUGCUACGUGGAUUACUGCAAUAGUAUCGACCUGAAGGUUCCUGUUCCCACCAAGGAGGACCUUGCAGGCGUGGGCGGCUCCUGGGGCCCCGUGGAGCUGGUGGCGGUCAUCGCCGGGCCAGUCUUUCUUCUGUGCGUGCUGCUGAUGGUCGCCGUAUUCCUGUUCCAGUAUCAUCAGAGGGCCUACAGUCACAGGCAGAGGCUGGAGGUGGAGGACCCCUCCUGCGAUCAUCUGUACUUGGCCAAGGACAAGACCUUGCAGGACCUCAUCUAUGACAUGUCUACCUCCGGAUCGGGCUCCGGCCUGCCCCUGUUUGUGCAGCGCACCGUGGCCAGGACCAUCGUGCUGCUGGAGAUCAUAGGAAAGGGUCGCUUUGGCGAGGUGUGGCGAGGCAAGUGGCGCGGAGGGGACGUGGCGGUGAAGAUCUUCUCAUCCAGGGAGGAACGCUCCUGGUUCAGAGAAGCCGAGAUCUACCAGACCAUCAUGCUGCGCCAUGAGAACAUCCUGGGAUUCAUUGCAGCUGAUAAUAAAGACAACGGCACGUGGACCCAGCUGUGGCUGGUGUCGGACUAUCACGAGCACGGCUCGCUCUUCGACUACCUGAACCGCUACUCGGUAACCAUCGAGGGCAUGAUCAAGCUGGCGCUGUCGGCCGCUAGCGGGCUGGCGCAUCUGCACAUGGAGAUCCUGGGCACUCAGGGCAAGCCUGGCAUCGCUCACCGUGACCUCAAGUCGAAAAACAUCCUGGUGAAGAAAAACGGCAUGUGUGCCAUCGCCGACCUCGGCCUGGCCGUCCGCCACGAGUCCAUCACGGACACCAUCGAUAUCGCUCCGAACCAGCGUGUGGGCACCAAGAGGUACAUGGCUCCAGAAGUGUUGGAUGAAACCAUCAACAUGAAACACUUUGACUCCUUCAAGUGUGCAGACAUCUACGCUCUUGGCCUGGUCUACUGGGAGAUAGCACGCCGUUGCAAUGCAGGAGGCAUCCACGAGGAGUACCAGCUGCCCUACUAUGACCUGGUGCCCUCUGACCCCUCCAUCGAGGAGAUGAGGAAGGUGGUGUGCGACCAGAAGCUGCGGCCCAACGUGCCCAACUGGUGGCAGAGCUACGAGUCCCUGCGUGUGAUGGGCAAGAUCAUGAGGGAGUGUUGGUACGCUAACGGGGCGGCCCGACUCACCGCCCUACGCAUCAAGAAGACUCUGUCCCAGCUCAGCGUGGAGGAGGACAUCAAGAUGUGAGAGGCCCAAAACGGAGCCGGAGACGCACAACCGCGCCCCUUCCCCGCUGCUCUCCUCCUCGACCCCCCCCCCAGAACCCCCAGAACCCCCCAGGAACGAAACACUCAAGACUGGAAAUGCAAGAAGCCCUGCCAGUUUUUAAAGCCACACUCCAAGUUGUGACAUGGCCUACCUCACCUUUUUAGCCAAAACUACUGAGACUACACCCCAGCC